UGGCUGGGUCAGGUUUUGAGCAGAAGACUUGGGCACAGCAAGCACGCCCUCACCUCAGGCCAGGCAGCAAUCAUGAAGGUCAUCACUUGUGAAAUUGUGUGGCAUAAUAAGGAGCCUGUUUACAGCUUAGACUUCCAACACGGUGCUGAUGGGAAGAUCAACCGUCUGGCUUCGGCAGGUGUGGACACCACUGUUCGUAUAUGGAAAGUGGAAAAAGGACCAGAUGGAAAAGCAAUCGUGGAGUUCUUGUCGAACCUCGCCCGACACACCAAAGCAGUAAACGUCGUGCGAUUCUCUCCAAGCGGUGAGAUCCUGGCAUCUGGAGGAGAUGAUGCUGUUAUUUUGUUGUGGAAACUGAAUGAUAGCAAAGAACUGGAACCAUUAGUUUUUCAGGAUGAAGAUGAAGCUCAGCUCAACAAGGAGAACUGGACAGUCAUCAAAACUUUAAGAGGGCACUUAGAAGAUGUAUAUGAUAUUUGUUGGACCUCAGAUGGAAAUUACAUGGUGUCUGCUUCAGUAGAUAAUACAGCUAUAAUGUGGGAUGUCAAUAAAGGACAGAAAGUUUCAAUACUAAAUGAACACAAGAGUUACGUCCAAGGAAUAACUUGGGAUCCUCUAGGCCAGUACAUUGCAACUCUGAGUUGUGACAGGGUCCUGCGGGUGUACAAUACACAAACCAAGCGGGUAGCAUUCAAUGUUACCAAGAUGCCAUCCGGAUCAGGAGUUGAAGGAGAGGCCAGGAGCUAUCGAAUGUUUCACGAUGACAGCAUGAAGUCGUUUUUCCGCAGGCUCAGUUUUACUCCUGAUGGCUCCUAUUUGCUCACUCCCGCUGGCUGUGUUGAAUCAGGAGAAAAUGUAACAAACACCACCUAUGUUUUCUCCAGAAACAAUCUUAAAAGGCCUGUGGGUCACCUGCCAUGUCCUGGAAAGGCCACUCUUGCUGUUCGCUGCUGCCCAGUCUACUUUGAGUUGAGACAAGCACUUAAUAAAGAUGAAAUCAGUCAGAAAUCGCCUCCUGCUCUAUUUAAUCUGCCCUACCGAUUGGUGUUUGCUGUUGCUGCAGAAGAUUCUGUGCUUUUUUAUGAUACUGAACAGUCCUUCCCCUUUGGUUAUGUUUCUAAUAUACAUUAUCACACCCUGAGUGACAUUUCAUGGUCCAGUGAUGGAGCCUUUCUUGCUAUUUCUUCCACGGAUGGAUACUGUUCAUUUGUUACCUUUGAGAAGGAUGAGCUAGGAAUACCACUGAAGGAGAAACCACAGAUAAAUGUGAGGACUUCUGGUGCAACAGAGAAGAAAGUCAAAAAGAGUCAGUCACUCAAAGUAAUUUCCCCAGGCUCUAGGCUGACAGAGGGGACUCCUCCCAGCAAGGUCACCGAUCCCAGCACUCCCACCCUCCAGCCUCGAACGCCCACCGCUGCCGGUAAGGACUUGCCUUCCACACCUGUUGGCAUAAAAAACGUUCCAGUCUCAUCCUCAGACGAGAGGAAAAUCAGCCAUCCGGCCAGCCAGAGCACUAAAGCAAACCAGCCCAGGAGGAUUACUCUCAACACUUUACAAGCUUGGAGCAAGACGCCAAGGAGAGUAAACUUAAUUCCACUGAAGCCAGAUAGGCCAACUCCCGCAUAUGCAGAUACAGUUUCUAUACCUCAUUCCUCAGAACAGGAACACGAGAAGCCAUUACCAUCUGAUGACAGUCUUCAAAAUCCACCAACACCAAAACGUCCUAGAAUUGAGGAAAUAUCUCUUCCUACAUCUGUGGAAGACCAAAUCAGCUGUGAUUCAAACAAAUAAAGGCUAAGCUUUUAGUAGACUCUUCACAGUCUGAAGGUGAUGCAGCCACGUCUGUGGGUGUGUUUCUUUUACAAAUGUUGAUUCCUCAACUCUUGAUUAAAGCACCGUAUGUAUAUUUGACGUAGUGCUGUGAAGAAAGAACCUGUCAGUAGAAGACACAGGUUUUAGGAAUGUAGCUUUGCAGAAGAGGAACUGGUUGGGAAGUGACUUCUAAGUAUGUUUCUACUUCUUAAGGGUAGAUAGCGUUCUUCAGGAAAUGCCACAGCUGAAGGAAAUGGAGGAAAUCUGGGUAUUGAAAAGCCAUACAGGAACCUAAGAGUCUUCAUCAGAUUCCUUAAGUUGAUGUUCAUAAAAUAUAAUGUCUUCCAGUAACCUGUCUGGCAAAGGAAUUGAAUUUCUAAGGACUUAAAUGCAUUGAUAAGGAUUUGAUGUGGUUUAAGACCCACAAAAACCCCCUCAAAACCGAAGCAGUUUCACUCAAGCAUCUUGGCUUAUCUAUGCAAAGUAAUUAAUGCUUUCUGCGAAGUGUGGAGUGGAAGCUGAUAGUCAGAUGUUCUCAAUGCAGCAUCAUACAGUAUGACUGGUGUGCCUGAAACAUAAAUCAGAUUUUUAACUUCAAGAAAGAAGAAAGCAACUGGAAGAAAACCUCUGAAGAUUUGAUAUAAACAAUCUGCAAAGAAAAGUCUUAAUUACUUAUUUUCUGUAAUUAAGAAGAAAAUGCAGACACGAGAUUCUCCUGGGGUGGCAGGAUUUGAGUGUAUACAUUAAAAGUUUCCUCCUUUUUUUGAAAGCCUUAACUCUCAUAGCCAAUAAAAUAUAAAUCCAGUGUAUGUUAAGCUUCUAAAAAUUGUUUCCUUUUUAGCAUUUAAUACUUGCAUUAAGCAUUUAGCAUUUAAUAAUUGAAGUAGGACCUGCAGAUUGAAAACAGUGAGACCAAAACACUUGAAAAAGGUCACUGCACUGGAUUUAGUGUGGCACGCAGACUCAGCCUCCGUGAGUAGAACGCUCAGCCGCACUCUUCUGAGCUUAUCCACUUAAUUUGCUUUAACAUCAUGGAUCUGAUUUUUAAAAGCAAGAUAGCUUUUCAAAUAUGAAUAAUCAUUCUAGCUGUUGAUAGGUGUUCUGUCAUUUCAAGUUCCAUAACAUACAAGAAGGGAAAGCUGGGAUUCAGAUUGAAACUUGUUGACUUUCAUUCUUCCUUGGAUGUGAUUGUUUUUCAAAGUGUGUAAUGUA